AUAAUAAGACUAGGAUUGUUUUAUAGCUUGUGAUUUUUUUUAUUUCUUGAGUGUAUCAAUAAACUUUAUUACAAAAAAAUUUUUAAAAGAAAUUUCACCCCUUUUUUUAUAGGAUAAGGCAAAUAAAAAGAUAUACGGAACUAUUUCAAUCGACCCCCAUUCAACUUCACAUUCACAUUCAUUCCACACAGUUGAUAAGGAUUACACACCCAACCACGAUCCAGAAAGCGCACUAGUCUCUUGAUCUUUUGAUUAUGGCAGCUCAUAUUAUCAAUAAAUUAAGGUGCAGCAGGCUCCCCUCACUGGCGAGAGGGCUGAGCAGCGGAGGGUCGAAAAAGAAAGUGACGCUCAUACCAGGAGAUGGAAUCGGUCCGGAAAUCUCCGCUGCCGUCCAGAAAAUAUUUCUCGCUGCCAAAGUUCCGAUUGAGUGGGAAGUCGUGGACGUGACACCGGUCAAGGGGCCAGAUGGGAAAUUCGGCAUUCCUCAGUCUGCUAUCGAUUCGAUGAACAAAAACAAAGUCGGCUUGAAGGGACCAUUAAUGACGCCUGUCGGAAAGGGUCAUCGUUCCCUUAAUUUAGCUUUAAGAAAGGAAUUCAAUUUGUAUGCGAAUGUAAGGCCGUGUAAAUCAUUAGAAGGAUUUAAAACGUUAUACGACAAUGUAGAUGUUGUGACAAUAAGAGAAAACACGGAAGGUGAAUAUUCAGGAAUUGAACACGAGAUCGUCGAUGGUGUCGUGCAGAGUAUUAAAUUGAUCACUGAAGAGGCAUCCAGGAGAGUGGCUGAGUUUGCUUUUAAGUUCACAAAAGAGCAAAAGAGGAAGAAAGUCACGGCUGUGCACAAGGCCAAUAUCAUGAGAAUGUCCGACGGUCUUUUUCUCCACUGCUGUAGGGAAGCAGCUGCCCUUUGUCCAGAAAUAAAAUUUGAAGAAAAAUAUUUGGACACUGUAUGUCUGAGCAUGGUACAAGAUCCUUCAAAAUUCGACGUACUUGUUAUGCCUAAUCUUUAUGGAGAUAUUUUAUCUGAUAUGUGUGCUGGUCUUGUCGGCGGUCUCGGUUUGACCCCGAGUGGCAAUAUUGGACUGAACGGAGCAAUUUUCGAAUCAGUCCAUGGGACUGCGCCAGACAUCGCCGGGAAGGAUUUGGCAAAUCCAACAGCAUUGCUGCUAUCUGCGGUCAUGAUGCUUAGGCAUUUGAACCUACCUGAUCAUGCAUCACGAAUUGAAAAAGCAUGUCUUGAAGUAAUCAAAGAAGGUACAUACAGGACUGGUGAUCUAGGUGGAAAAGCUAAAUGUUCAGAAUUUACAGCUGCAAUCUGUAAAAAAGUUUCGUAAAGAAACUAGAUAAAAUAUAGAUAAUAUAUUGAAAAGCUGUUAUGAGAUUUAAAAAUUUCAACACCUUAUUAGACACCAAAAGUAAGUUAUAACUCUAGUAUGUUACUACUUCUUGUAUUUUACUCUUAGCAUAUUUUUUUGUGAUGUGAUGAUUGUAAUUUAUUUUACCAUUUUUUUUGGAAGGAAAAAAAUAACUCGGCAUGAUGAAAAAAUUUGUAUUUCAUUAUCACUAUUGUAAUCAAAUGAAAAAAUUACAGUAUUAUUUUUGUGCUAUGUAAAUGUGAAAAAUUUUCACCUAGUCAUUAAGAACGUAUUGGAAUGUUAGAAACAAUGUUAAAUAAAGCUUUUUUUUUGGUGUCUUUCGAAA